UCUUUGGGAUACUCUAUCUCUAACUCUCCCUUCUCUCUCUUACUUUUAACUUUCUCGCUCUAUUCUUUUCUCUCCUCUGCAAUGUGAGGCCGGCCUCCUCCCCACUCCGGCGAGGUCGACGACCCACCAAGCUAACACCCUUAUAUCUCCCCUACAACCGAGUUUCAUCACCACCAUCGAACCAAGACGCCUAGACCCGUGACCUUCAUGUAUUCUGGCGAGUACCUCGUGAAUUUCAGUAAAUACGUCAGGGGAAACUUCUCCAGUUUUCCAGCGAAGGACCCGUGUGUUUGCAGGCUAUUUCCGACCGACUCCGGCCACGACUCGGCCUCUUUUUGCUCUCUGCGAGUACAGAGUCGGACCAAAGCGACAGUAAAAUUGAGUGGCAUUGGAUUAAAUUCACCAAACACCACGGUGAUCAAGAAUUCUGAUCGUAAAAUGUUGUGCAAACAUCCUAACAUCGGUAUUCCAGUUAUCACGCAGCUCAAUCAGCGGCUUCAUCUAAGGAAACAACCUGCUCUUCGGGCUAGUUUGGUAUUACUGUGCUUUGAAAAAAACAUCGUUUCUGCUGUGUUGUGAGAAUAAGCAGCUGUGAAAUAAAGCAGAAUAGUGUUUGGUAAACAUUUUUGUAAAAGUGCUUUUGAAAAAAAAAACAGUAUUAUAGUGCUUGAUAAACUUCUAUGUAAAACAAAUGUGAAA